CCUGUCGCAAAUCGCAGGUGACAGAAAGGUAAUCUCACACCCGAUACAGUUCUGUUCUUUUACACGAUCACCUCUGCCUUAUAUUUAAACUAUGCUAUAGACGAUCAGCAGAUCAGAUUCUUUUUUUUCCUUUUCUUUUCUUUUUUUUAGUUUAAUAAAGACAUAUUGGCACAUUCACCGGUUUUCCGCACUUAAAGUGGACGUGUUUAAGCAGAUUGAUGAGCAGCAGUGCUAAAAACAAACAAACCCUCAGCUCUAGUCCGCAUCUAUUUUCUAAUGCUGUUUCUCGGAUUGGAAACUUUCCUCACGCAUGCGGUAUUGAUUAUAUGAGACAUGCAGGACGACUAUAACGUGGAGAUAGGAUUCGUGAAACAGAUCCUCAGUUUGAAUCUGGUGCCGAGGAAAAAUGUCACCAACUGCGGGAGGAACGACACCUCUCUGUGCAAUUUCACUGAGAUGUGGUAUGGGGUGUUUCUGUGGGCUGUUGUCUCCUCGCUGGUUUUCCACCUGCCAGCUGCCCUCCUGGCCCUUGCAACACUCCGCAGACAUAAGAUGGCAAGAUUUUUCCCCAUCGGCAUCCUUCUAAUGGGCAUCAUAGGCCCACUGUUUGGAGGGGUUCUCACUAGUGCAGCCAUUGCAGGGGUUUAUAAGGCGGCUGGGAAAAGCAUGUUCUCCUUGGAGGCCUUGGUGUUUGGAGUGGGACAGUCUUUGUGUAUUUUUAUCAUAUCCUUCCUCAGAGUGCUGGCGACACUGUAGCACUAAGACACUGGCACACCAGGCUGCCAUGAGGAGGAAACCAUUCAGUCACCUGGGCGUCAUAUGCAAAACACGGAGGCCUUACUUUCCAAACAGUCCCAACAACCUGUUUUUUUUAUACUGAACAACGUUAUUUUUUUCCCCCAAAUGGGUUUCAGGUGAGUGUGUUGUGAUGAAGCAGAUUAACAGGACUUUUCAUUAAAAAAAAUGAAGCACCGAGAGCAAGCUUUAGCCUUGUGUUACAUGUGGAGUCAUCUUGCGCAUGUAAUUUGUUUACUGAUCAUGGCAGGAGACACACAAAAUGCAGGAAUUCCUUGACAGAUUUUGUCUUUUUGAUGCUAGUUUCUUUUCAUUGUCCUUAACACUACAUUGUACUUAAACGUUUUUGAGUGAGGCAAAGACUAUGUUGACUGGCUCAAGUCGGUGUGUUUUUAGUUUUGCUCUGUACAUACAAAAGCCCAUUCUUGCCCUUACAUUAUGCUUGAGGGGAACAAAGAUGUUUGCACUUCUUAUAUUAAUUCUUUAGGCCAAAGGCUGGAAAUUUGUUUCAAGUUUGUUUCAGUUUUUUCCCCUGAUUGUGGGCAUGUUUGAGGAGAUUACAGUAGAACACACAUGGAGGUAAACAAGUGGUGGACUUUGACAAUGAAAUCUCUUUACAGCAUAUUCCCUCCUGGAGUUAUUUUUCAGAUGGCCUCCUGGGUUUGGACAUCACAUUGUUAUAUAUAUAUAUAUAUAUAUAUAUAUAUAUAUAUGAGUAAUAUAAUAUUGCGUUGACAUUUAUUUGCCCAUAAGAUUCUGUAUGUGGCAGCCUCACCUCUUAAUGCCUAAUAUGUGAAUGUAAACCAGAUUUCAGCAAAUGUAUAAUAUAAUCACUUAUACCUUCACCAAAGACACGUUAACACUAAUCUACAGCUGUCAUAAGUGAAAGAUCCUGAUAUUUUCAAUAUUCCUGUAGAGUAAUUUAAUGUGGACAGAAUUUAAAUGACAACUGUAACUCCAACUAAAUUACAGAAUGUACCGUUAUAAAUAAUAUCAGAGUCAGAAACCCAAAUUUAUGUAGAGAAGUAUACAAAUUAAGAAGUUUAUGGAAAUGUUCUCCAUUUAUCUUGUUUAGAAAUUCAACACAUGACAAAGCUUUACAAAGAUAUACAGGGCUUGAAAAGAACAAUUGAAAGUGGUAAGAAGUGAACUCUAUAUUUUGGCAGAUCUUAAUACACAGUAACAGAGUUUUUAGAUUUAACUAAGGAUUUAUAAUCCUACAUAGUUCACAUCUAUACCAAACCAAAUUUACCAAUGUUAGUUUUAAAUUUCUUCUCAGUAUUAGCAUUUGUAGAACUGUGUUCUCUCAGUACAAGGCCUCAGGAAGUUCUUGUUUUCUGGAAGUUUCAUUCAAAGCUUUUUACGGUGUGGAUUAAUGAGAUUCAGACUAAUCUUUAACAAGUGGGGCGUUAACAUUUGUGGUGACGCUGUUGGGACACACUGAAAGCUAUGCUUUAUUUGUCUGAGCCUAUGGUCUCUCAAUUGCACAAAUGAAUUUAUUUUUCUAAAGUCCGAUCAUUCGUGGUAGAGUGACUGCUCAUUGUUUUUCUCGUCUGUCUUUGAUUGUAUGGUCUUUUUGAGAAAUUGUUUAUUCUUUACAGCGUGAUACUUUUCAUUAAUUUUUUUUCUGGGCAACUUACAUUUUCUUACUGUAUAAUAAGUGCCAAUUGUUAGUAUUUUCAUGAAAUAAAAUGGUUUAGAUUAUAAUAACACCGCCUUGUUUUAUAUCUGCAAACGUGAAUGUUGAUUUUUGUCUCCUUAAAGUGAUAGAAAACCCAAAGAUGAAAAUUUUGACAUCAUGUACUCACCCUCAUUUUGUUCAAAACCCAGAUAACCUUUUUUCAUGGAACACAAAAGGAGAUAUUGGGCAGAAAGUUAGGGACAGCCUAAGUCCCUAUUCACUUAUUGUAAGGAAAGAGCAGUGUCAACAUAAUUGAGAAAACAGAAUUGUAAGAUUUUGAUGCCGUGUUUGCUAGGGAGCUAAAAGUUUUGCUUCAGACAUGAAAAUAUCUGGUGAAGAGGUCAUAAAAAAUCCUUUAGUUCUGUUACAAACUGAGGGCUGGUUUAGUUCUGCUUUAUAGCACUUUCAAUCUCACAGAUGGAUUUCCUGUGUUCCGUUAACAUUCACCAACCAAAUCUGCAGAACCGCCGCUUGCUGUGUACUGAAGGGUGUAAUGUGGUGUUACCAGAGUGUAGAAACACAAACAUGCAGAGUAAAGACUGCAAUCAUGUGGGCUUCUAACACAGGCCUGGUUCGGUAAUGGAAUUAUUUAUAUUUUAAAGAAAUAGUUCACCCCAAAAUGAAAAUUCUCUCAUCAUUUACUCACCCUCAUGCCAUUAGAGAUGUGUAUGACUUUCUUUCUUCUGCAGAACACAAAGAAUUUUAGAAGAAUAUCUCAGCUUUGUAGGUUCUCACAAUGCAAGUGAAUGGUGAAGCUCAAAAAAGCACAUAAAGGCAGCAGAAAAGUAAUCCAUAAGUAGUUUAAUCCCCGUCUUCAGUAGCAAUAUUAUAGGUGUGGGUGAGAAACAGAUCGAUAUUUAAGUCCUUUUUUGAGCUUCAAAGUUCUGGCCACAAUUCAUUUUCAUUGUAUGGACCUACAGAGCUGAGAUAUUCUUCUAAAAAUCUUUGUUUGUGAAUUUUUGAUUUUUAUAGGUUUGGAAACACUGAUUGUUAUCCAAUGGCUUUAUUACCUUAAAGGUAAAACAGUCAAAAUUGUUCACCACUGUUUUUGAUCCAAUAUGGCCCAAAGGUUUGUCCUAAAGGUCAUCUGUUGCAUAAACUCUCUUUAAUUUUGAGCCAAUCUACAUCUGCCAGUAAAAGUUUUAAAGCUGUUUACUUAGGUUUAUGUUUUAGAUUUAGUGGUAUUUCAUGAACAUAACUGUAAUUGCAGUGAGUGAUGUAUUGAGAAUUUUAACUACACAUUUAGAAAACUAAGUAGACCUGUGCCACUUACAGAUAAUACAGAGCUGGUGUUUGGUCUUUUUGACUGCAGAAAAUGUGGAUCCAAAUUAUUUGAUACCCUGAGAUUUACUCU